AGUAACAACAUGGAUACCAAAAAUGCAACAUCACUGACAGAAUUCGUUCUCACAGGACUUACAUAUCAACCAGAUUGGCAUAUUCACCUGUUCCUGAUAUUCCUGAUAAUAUAUCUCAUCACCACUGUAGGAAACCUUGGACUAAUUGCUCUCAUCUAUAAUGACCCUCACCUUCACAUCCCCAUGUACUUAUUUCUUGGGAGUUUAGCCUUUGUGGAUGCUUGGAUCUCAUCUACUGUGACUCCCAAGAUGCUCGUCAACUUCCUGGCCAAGAGGAAGAUGAUUUCUCUCUCUGAAUGCAUAACACAGUUGUUUUCCUUUGCAUUCAGCGCAACCACGGAAUGUUUCCUCUUGGCAACAAUGGCGUUUGAUCGGUAUGUGGCCAUAUGCAAACCAUUGCUUUAUUCAGUGAUUAUGACCAAUAGAUUAUGCAUCCGACUAUCAGUCUUAUCAUUUGUAGGUGGCCUUAUUCAUUCCCUAAUUCAUAUAGGUUUCUUAUUCAGAUUAACUUUCUGUAAGUCUAACAUAAUACACCACUUUUACUGUGACAUCAUGCCACUGUUUAAGAUUUCUUGUACUGACCCUUCAAUCAAUGUUCUGAUGGUAUUUAUUUUCUCAGGGUCAAUACAAGUGUUCACAAUUCUUACUGUUCUUGUCUCUUAUAUACUUGUUCUCUUCACAAUCUUAAAAAAUAAAUCCAUACAAGGCAUAAGGAAGGCCUUCUCCACCUGUGGAGCCCACCUCCUGUCUGUCUCUUUAUAUUAUGGGCCCCUUCUCUUCAGGUAUGUGCAUCCUGGUUCUGCACAAACAGAUGCUCAAGAUAUGAUGGACUCCCUAUUUUACACUGUUAUAAUCCCUUUGUUAAAUCCAAUCAUCUAUAGCCUGAGAAAUAAGAAAGUCAUAGACUCACUGACAAAAGUGUUAAAGAGAAAUGUUUAG